CUCAAACGGAAGCAGCCACACACAAAAAAAGAAAGAAAUAAGAAAUCGAAACCCAUAAAAUCUUGUGCAAUUCUUUCAAAUUAGAAUAACCAUAUCAUAGAGACAAAACGAAACAGAGAUUAUAUCUAAUCAUUCGAAUUUGAAGAACCAAAAAAAAUGGAGGAGACAAAGCAGUCGUUGAUAGCAUCCUUGCCGGCAGCACCAAGAAAACCGAAGUCGAAAGCACAGAAAGUUGUGAGGAAAACAUUCAAAGGAACUGCUCAAUUGUCAAAUCUACUCCCCACCGGUUCGGUCAUGAGUUUUCAAAUAAUGUGUCCGGUCCUAACCCAUCAAGGUCAGUGUCCCACCAUCACCAGUCGCUGGCUCACCUGCUUCCUCGUCUUCGUAUGCGCCAUCUCUUGCUUCAUCUUCUCCUUUACCGACUCCAUCAGAGACCCAAACGGCAAGGUUAGGUACGGACUGGCGACAUGGACAGGGCUAUAUGUGGUGGAUGGAUCGAUUACUCUAACGGAGGACGAGAAGGAAAAAUACAAGCUCAAGAUUCUUGAUUUUGUGCAUGCAAUCAUGUCAAUGCUAGUCUUCUUCGCAAUCUCCAUGUUUGAUCAGAACGUAACCCGUUGUUUAUUCCCUGUUCCUUCCGCGGAAACCAGGGAGAUCCUUACCAGUUUACCUUUUGUCAUUGGUGUAAUUUGUGGUGGCUUCUUCCUCGCGUUCCCCACACGCCGUCAUGGCAUCGGAUCUCCCCUCACCAAAGAGUAAAUUUCAUAGUCAGACAAAAA